CGCACCGCCAUUGGCUGUGUCGGCGUUCUCCAGAGGAGGCUUCGGCGGCGUCGGUGCUCACAGCUACUUUAGGAGAGGAAAGGGCCCCCUCUCGGCCCAGUACGUUGCAGCCAUCCUAAGUGAGAGCAUCUCUUCUAUACCGGCUUCGUCAGAUUAAUUCGCAGAACCAAAUAUGCCCAUCGACUUGUACUACAUUCCCGGCAGCGCCCCUUGCCGCGCCGUCCUCCUCGCCGCCAAGGCCGUCGGAGUCGAGCUCAACCUCAAGUUGACUGACCUGAUGGCCGGCGAACACCUCAAGCCGGAGUUCAUCAAGCUGAACCCACAGCACUGUGUGCCCACCAUCGACGACAAUGGCUUUGCUCUGUGGGAGAGCCGUGCUAUCUGCACCUACCUGGCAAACCAGUAUGGAGGCAACGAGUCGCUCUACCCCAAAGACCCCAAGAAACGUGCCGUUGUGGACUCGAGACUGUAUUUCGACCAGGGCACUCUCUACCAGAGAUUCGCUGAAUACUAUUAUCCAGUUAUGUUUGGCGGUGCUCCCUUCGAUGAGGCAAAGCUGAAGAAGCUGGAAGAGGCCUAUGAAUAUCUGGACAAGUUCCUCGAUGGUCAGGAUUGGGCCGCCGGAAGCGAGAUGACCUUGGCUGAUAUUUCCUUGGCUUCGUCUGUUUCUACUGCUGAGGUUGUUGGUUUCGAUCUGUCCAAAUACGCAAAUGUCACCAGCUGGCUGAAAAAGUGCAAGAGCACUCUGCCUGGCUACGGUGAUGUGAACCAGCCUGGUGUGGAAAUGUUCAAGGAGAUGUUUGACAAGUUGACCAAGAAAUAAGCAUUUUGUGUGAAAUUAAUACACCGACCAUCCCAGUAUACUGAUUGAUUGUAUGUUAAGGAAGACCUAUUUUAUAUUUUUGGCACAAUAAAUUAUUUGGAGCAAUAAAAUGUCAAA